AUGGCCGCCGCCAUUAAAGCCAUCAAUGCAAAGAUACGGUCCAACAAGGUGUUGGACUAUGUCUGCUCAACACAUUUCUGGGGCCCCGUAUCCAACUUCGGUAUUCCGGUCGCUGCGGUUAUGGACACUCAGAAAGAUCCUGAAAUUAUCUCCGCUCAAAUGACCGGUGCAUUGGUUAUCUAUUCUGGAACUUUCAUGCGUUAUUCUCUCGCUGUCACCCCCAAGAACUACCUUCUUUUCGGCUGCCACUUAAUCAACUUCGGAGCCCAAUUGACUCAGGGAUACCGAUGGGUGAACUACUGGAAAUGGGGAGGACGAGAGGCUGUUCUCGCAAACAAGGCAAAGGAUGCCGGUGCCGAAGCAGGAAAGGCUGCCGCCGAACCUAGUACUUCUUCAUAA